CACAAACCCGGAAGAAAGAAAUAAUGUCCGUCGUCGUCCACUAGCUCAAGUCAGUUUGAGGUCGAGUGGAAGUUAACCAUGGCGAUGACAAGUCAGACGUCCUGCUCCUCGAUGAGCAACCACACUAAGGAAAGGGUCACCAUGGCCAAAGUGACGCUGGAGAAUUUUUAUAGCAACCUGAUAUCACAGCAUGAGGAAAGGGAAAUGAGGCAGCAAAAAUUGGAGAAGGUCAUGGAUCAAGAGGGACUAGGUGAUGAAGAGAAGUGUCUCCGGCGGUCUGAGCAUGCUAGGAAAGAGACUGAGUUUCUUCGUCUCAAGCGAACACGGCUUGGAUUAGAGGACUUUGAGUCACUCAAAGUGAUUGGCCGAGGAGCUUUCGGAGAGGUACGGUUAGUUCAGAAGAAGGACACCGGACACGUUUAUGCUAUGAAAAUCUUGCGUAAGGCUGAUAUGCUUGAGAAAGAACAGGUUGGCCAUAUUCGAGCAGAAAGGGACAUCCUUGUAGAGGCAGACAGUCUGUGGGUGGUGAAGAUGUUCUACAGCUUUCAGGAUAAGAUGAACCUCUACCUCAUCAUGGAGUUUCUGCCUGGAGGUGAUAUGAUGACUCUACUGAUGAAGAAAGACACUUUAACUGAGGAGGCCACACAGUUUUAUAUUGCUGAGACUGUGCUGGCUAUUGACUCCAUUCACCAGAUGAGCUUCAUCCACAGAGACAUCAAACCAGACAAUCUCCUGCUGGACUCAAGGGGCCACGUGAAGUUGUCUGAUUUUGGCCUAUGCACUGGUCUGAAGAAAGCUCACCGCACAGAGUUCUACAGAAACCUUAAUCACAGCCUUCCCAGCGACUUCACGUUCCAGAACAUGAACUCGAAGAGGAAAGCAGAAACAUGGAAACGAAACAGGAGACAGUUGGCCUUCUCCACUGUUGGAACCCCUGACUACAUCGCUCCAGAAGUGUUUAUGCAAAAUGGGUAUAACAAGCUUUGUGAUUGGUGGAGUUUGGGCGUCAUUAUGUAUGAAAUGCUGAUAGGUUACCCUCCAUUUUGCUCUGAGACUCCUCAGGAAACUUACAGGAAAGUGAUGAACUGGCAGGAAACUUUGACAUUUCCACCUGAGGUCCCAAUUUCAGAAAAGGCCAAGGAUCUGAUCCUCAGGUUCUGCUGUGAGAGUGAGCACAGGAUUGGAGCCACUGGAGUGGAGGAGAUCAAAACUAACCCUUUCUUUGAGGGAGUGGACUAUGACCAUAUCAGGGAGAGACCAGCGGCUAUUCCGAUUGAGAUCAAAAGUAUUGACGACACCUCCAACUUUGACGAGUUUCCUGAUUCAGACAUCCUCCAGCCUUCAGUCACUCCUGUGUCCAACCACACUGAGGCAGAUCUGAAGAGUAAAGACUGGGUGUUCAUCAACUACACCUACAAGCGCUUUGAGGGGCUGACCGCACGGGGAGGCAUCCCAUCGUACAUGAAAACUGGGAAGAGAUAGGCUUCAAUAGGACUUGAUAACUUGCUGCACUCUUUCAAUGGUUGUUUUUCCAAAAGGAGAUAUUCUCCAUUGCUCCUCCUCGCAUCUGAAGGAUCCUACAUCAUCCGUUUCCUGUUUUGACUCACCCAUUUAUGGAUGUGGACUUCACCCACACUCAAUCCAUAGAAAGACACGGUCAAAGUUUUAUCUAAGGGCUUCUUUUCCUUUUAACACUUUU